AUGCAAACGGAUUUUUAUGAACAAGUACAAAACAAAGAUGAAUCUUUGCAAACUGAAUGUUAUGAAACGGUAAAAGUAAAUUUUGGCACCCAAACGGAAUUGCUUAGAUUUGACAUUAAUCAGUUCAAAGAUAAGGACUCAGACAUUUAACAGUUAUUCUUUGAAAUCGAGGUGAAUAGUGGCAAAAUAUUUACCGAGCCGCGAAAGCGGUGAGGUAAAUAUUCCCAAAGCCACUAUUCACCGAGAUUGAAAAGAAUAAUUGUUUUAGUAUAUACACACGAAGUGAUCUCAACAAAAUCAGAGAGGAAACCAUUAAAAAGUACGAUUUGAUUGACAGAUCAAAUCACGCGUAAGUUUAAAAAUAGAUCUUUGCAGAAUUUUCAAACAUGGCAAUUCACAAGUUUAUCAUUUCGCAAACAACAGCGUAAUGGCUUAAAUGGAACCGCUAAAAGUUUGAACUGUUUCCUUACCUGAGAAGAAAAGUAGAGCUAUGUUGUUUUCUGUUGACUCGCCAAGUUUAUAGCCAAAAGGGUUUGUUGUGUCGUUCUUCGCAUGAAGUGCUGACAAAAAUGGUGGCUAGGUUGCUCGAGGUAAGACGUCGUCUUCCUGUAUCAUUCUUUUUUCUGUUUACUUGAAACGUAGAAUUUCUGCAAACAUUUCCUUUUAAAUUUGUUUUUCAUAAAUAAACUUCGAUUUUCGAGCCAAAAUUUUCUUGUUACAAAACACUGAGUUCACGAAACGGCUUCUUCUACGCGAAUACACGGGAGUUGUAAACAAUCCAUCGACCACAAAACGCAGCUACAGUUAACUGAAAAACGCCGUAUUGAAUCCUUCCAAGUCUUUUCUUGCCUUAAAAAACGUCAGCCCUAGGAUUCUGUCGACUUUUAAAAGAUCUUUCUCUAAAAAAAAUGUGAAAAACACCGAGCUCACACAUUAUCCACUCGCUAGGAGGUGAAUAUUGUUGAAUAGUCCGAGAUAGCGAACCAAUCAGAUUGCUUAAAUCACCAAGAUCACUGAGUGUGUAUAUACUAAUGCUUUUUACACUGGAUUUCCCAAUUACAAAACACUAAUGCUUUGCUUUGAUAUGGUGAAGGAUGCAGCGAAAAACAUAAGCUAUGGAAAAUAUGAUCGAAAAUGUUUUGAUUGCCCCCCAGUUUGGCAACCAGGUCGACCAAGAGUUCUUACAACCUUUCAGGAGUUUGUUCUUGUGUUGAUGCGACUAAGGCUUGGCCUGUUUGAAAGAGAUUUGGCUCACAGAUUUGAAAUUUCCGAGUCAACAGUUUCUGUAAUAUUUAGAACAUGGAUUCGAUUUUUACGCCUUGAACUUCAGGAACUUAUUAUCACUCCACCACGAGAUGGUCUUCAGGAACACAUGCCUAAACUUUUCAAGGAAUUUUAUCCCAAGACAGCAUUGAUUAUUGACUGCACUGAAAUACAAAUGGAGCGUCCAUCUGCGUUGGAUAAUCAGUCCUCCUGUUACUCUUCGUACAAAUCUAGAACAACCAUGAAAAGCCUAGUGGGAAUUACCCCAAGUGGUGUCAUUGGAUUUGCCAGUGAAUUAUACCCUGGUAGUAUUACUGACAAAGAAAUUACUGUAAAGAGUGGUUUCCUAGCUUUGUUGGAGCAAGAUGAUGAAAUUAUGGCUGAUAAAGGCUUUCUCAUUCAAGAUGAGCUUGCUGCAGUUGGUGCAACCCUCAUAAUACCUGCCUUUUUAAAAGGAAAACAGCAGUUUUCUAAAGAAGAAGGAGAAAAAAACAAGAAAGUAGCAAGUUUGAGAGUUCACGUCGAAAGAUGUAUGGAGCGAAUAAAGAAUUGGCAUAUUUUAGAUAAACCUAUUCCAGUUUCCCUCGCAGGAAUAGCUUCAGACAUUUUUAUCGUUAUUGCAGCACUCACAAAUUUCCACCCUCCACUUAUUUCAUAA